AUGUUCAUCUCCUGGAAGUCGCUGGUGCUUAUUGCGUUUGGCUUAAUGACCACUCAAUACACAAUCAUAAAUCUACUGGCCCCUCCCGAACACUGCCUGUGCCCCGCUCACUCCAAAUUGGGCAUUGAGGAGCAGCUGACAAACCCUCGUCAAACACACGUCUUAAUCCUGACGUCCACCCGCUGUGGUUCCAGCUUCCUCGGGGAGCUCCUGAACCAGCACCCAGACGUCUUCUACCUGUUGGAGCCACUUUACCACAUCCAGGACUCUCUCACCGGGAACUCGAACUUCAUUAGAGAGGUGAUCGCGGGGGCCAGUCGAGACCUUCUGUGGAGCCUGUUCCAGUGUGACCUUCAUGCCCUGGAGAGAUACCUACGGCCCCCUCCAUCCAACCACAUGGUGGAUAGCCUGUUCUUCUGGGGCUCAAGCCGGGCCCUGUGCCGCACCCCCGUCUGCAAGCCCACCAACCCCGACAAGUGGGCCGAGGGCCAGUGCGGCCAGUGUAGCCCCAUCAACCUGACCAGGGCUGGCGAGUUCUGCAGCACCAGGAGCCAUGUGGCCUACAAGACGGUGCGAAUAGUGGUGGUGGACAACUUGCGCCCCCUCUUAGAGGAUCCUCGCCUCAACAUUAAGGUGAUCCAGCUGGUGCGCGACCCUCGAGGGAUUCUGAACUCCCGGAUCGACAUCUUCUCCGGCUGGUACAAAGCCUGGCACACCUGGAAGACCACAGGCCAAAGACCAGAGUCCCUGGACAUCCACCCUCCACAGUUCAACUCCACCUGUGAGGAGUUGUACGGCUCAGUGACCACCGCACUGAGCAAGCCCGAGUGGCUCAGGGACAGGUACAUGUUGUUGCGCUAUGAAGACCUUGCCAGGUUCCCGCAUCAAAAAACAAAGGAGAUCUAUGACUUUGUAGGUCUGAACAUGACUUCGAGUGUGGAGAAGUGGAUAAGUGACCACACCGGAUCCUCCAUAGACUCCAAAAACAAACCUAGCACCAAGCAGGACUCUGCUGCCAUAGCCUCGAGCUGGCGUCGGAAGCUUCCAAUCGACAUAGUGAAGCAGGCUCAGAAAGAGUGUCACCACUACAUGAGACUGCUGGGAUACCGUCAGGUCCAGACUCAAGAAGACCUCCUCAACAUGAACAUCUCCCUGGUUGAAGACACAUUUUUGGAACCGUAUUUGUGA